AUGAACACUCUACAGUUAAUGCUGUAUGAAAUUUGUAUCCCGUUGAUCCUACUGAUUUGUCUGCUGUCAACCUUGUUGAACAUAUUUAUUCUCUAUAUUCGGUUCCAUAUUAAAACUGUCUCAUCGAAUUCUCUCGAGUUGAUAUUUUCACUGGCUGCGUCGGACACCUGGACCUCCAUAGUUAUAGCACUAUCGUUGUUUAUCAAUUCGUAUAUGCCCGUAAUUUUGGGUAUCCGACAGAGUUCGCUAUGUUUUUCCCUGACUUUGGAGGUAAAAUUUUUUUGGUCAUUAGUGUUGAUAAACAAUAAAAAACACCAAAAAAUACCAUUUAAUAAUAUCAAAAAUAUAUUUGAUUUGAUCCUAUUUGAUUUACUGCUGUCAUUUGAUGAUAUCCGAAGGUAUUAA